UUUGGUUGGACAGGGUUGUUGCGGAGGACGGGGAAGGGUUGUGUGGAACUCCUUGCACGGUAAGGUAAACUGAGGCGAGGCUGGGAGUGGGGAUCUCUGCGCCUGGCUGUACUGGAGAUCUGGAGACAGCAUCUCUGCACUCGAGGAGUGUAGGGCUGGAGACAAGAAGCUCGGAGAUUUCUCAAGUUGACGAGAUUAGGAGGUGGGGCGGGGCUGGUGAAUGCGAGUUCCCCAGACACCUAUCCGCGGCCUCUGCUCGGGCCGAGCACUCUCUCACACUUGCCACCUGUGCCCCGAGGCGCCUGCCUCCAUCCUCCCGAAUGGUGCGCCUCCUCGCAGGCCUUGGCCCAGGAUCCAGGCCUCUGCCCGUUGCCUCGGAGCAGCAGCUCCCCGUGGCUGGGAGGAAAGAACUUUUGCACAGACUAGGCUAUAGCUCUAAGCACCCUGCUGACGACUGGAAUCUCCGCCUCUAACUCAGUGCGAGUUCUUCCUGUGCCCCCUUUACCAGUCUUUGAGAAGAGAAACCUUUCUUGCCACACAGAGCCCGGGAAACCCCAAGCUGGGGCCCUGGCCCCAGCAUGUCAGUCCUCUUUUGUGCAUAGGGCUGUGCCCUCUCCCCGUCAGCAUGGCUGAGCUCAGGCAGGUUCCAGGGGGCCGGGAGACCCCUCAGGGGGAGUUGCGGCCAGAGGUUGUGGAGGAUGAAAUCCCUCGGAGCCCAGUCACGGAGGAGCCCCGAGGAGAUGGAAGCAACAGCAGUGAGUCCAAAUUGUCCCGCGGGGAGGAGGAAGAGCUGGAUCCUCGAAUACAGGAAGAGCUGGAGCACCUGAACCAGGCCAGCGAGGAGAUCAACCAGGUGGAGCUGCAGCUGGACGAGGCCAGGACCACCUAUCGGAGGAUCCUUCAGGAGUCAGCGAGGAAGCUCAACACUCAGGGCUCCCACUUGGGGAGCUGCAUCGAGAAGGCUCGACCCUAUUAUGAGGCUCGGCGGCUGGCUAAGGAGGCCCAGCAGGAGACACAGAAGGCAGCCUUGCGGUACGAGCGGGCUGUGAGCAUGCACAAUGCUGCCCGGGAGAUGGUGUUUGUGGCAGAGCAGGGAGUCAUGGCUGACAAGAACCGACUGGACCCUACGUGGCAGGAGAUGCUCAACCACGCCACCUGCAAGGUGAACGAGGCGGAGGAGGAACGGCUUCGUGGCGAGCGGGAGCACCAGCGGGUGACACGGCUGUGCCAGCAGGCUGAGGCUCGGGUGCAAGCCCUGCAGAAGACCCUCCGGCGGGCCAUUGGCAAGAGCCGCCCCUACUUUGAGCUCAAGGCCCAGUUCAGCCAGAUCCUGGAGGAGCACAAGGCUAAGGUGACAGAGCUGGAGCAGCAGGUUGCUCAGGCCAAGACCCGCUACUCUGUGGCCCUGCGCAAUCUGGAGCAGAUCAGUGAGCAGAUUCAUGCACGACGCAGGGGCCUGCCCCCACACCCCUUGGGCCCCCGGCGGUCUUCCCCUGUGGGCGCUGAGGCUAGGCCAGAGGAGGAUGGAGACAGCGGGAUCAUUGAGGGGGCUGAGGGUGGAGCCCCAGAAGAGGGUUGCAGCCUGGGGCCUGCUCCUGCCGGGGAUUCGGACACUCUGAGCCUGCUGAGUCUGCGCACAGUGGCUUCGGACCUGCAGAAGUGUGACUCCGUGGAACACCUGCGGGGCCUCUCGGACCAUGCAAGUCUAGACGGCCAGGGGCUGGGUCCCCAGAGUGGGGGCCGAGGGGGCCGCCAUCAGCGUAGCAUCAGUCUGUAGCCCAUACUCAGGGUGGUUGUGUGUCUCUUACCACUGCUGGCCCGUGCAGGGCCACGUGGGCUCCCAACUCCUCUGCUGGGGGCCUUGCUUCCCCUGGAGAGGCUGGGUUGGCUGCGACUGAGUCCUCUUGUCAUUUGUGCCCUCCCCCCAGGUGUUGCCUUACUCUUCAGAAGGCUUAUCUCCGGUCCUCACAGUCUGUCCAUGCCCUUUGCUGGCCUCUUUCUGACUUCUCUUCUCCUGCCUGGCUUUUCCCCUCAGGUAAUUUGGUCUGGGAGGCACAGGGAAGCCCAUCACAAAAGAUGGGACCUGAAUCCAGUGUCUCAGGCCCCCCAGCUUGAGUGGAUGAACACGAGUUCCUUCUAUCUCCCCUGUCUCUCAAAGGGCCCUAGGGAUGUGGCAGGGCCUUCUUGGCAGCCCUGCCCCCAUGCUCUGUCUCAGUCAGCCUGUGUGUAAUCUGUAAGAUGCAUUGUGGGGCUCUGUGCCUUUGGAAGACACAACCUCUGUCCCUUCAGCGCUCCAUUCUCAUGACCUAAUCCACUUUGCUCUAGGUGCCCCAGAGCAAGACUUGAAGGGUGCUGCUGGCAGGAAAGGUGAAACCCAGCCCCAGUGUCAACAUGGGACCAUGGGCUCCCAUGUGCUUUGCUUUCCCAGCAGGGCUGGGCCCUCAACAUUGCCAAGGUGCUAGUGGGUCUCUGCUAGGGUCCCUGUUGGGAGUAGAGAGGUAAUGAGGUCCUGGUGUGGAGUGAGGUUUAAAGGAUGCUGAGCUGGAUCUUGGCCUCCUGCAGGAUGGAGUUAGGAAUUUGGUGCUCUUCCACCAACUAAAUGAUAUCUACUUGAAGAUCCCUGCGGAAUGCCCAAGAGUGGGUGCCCCUGGUGUUGAGAGAGGACUCACCCUCUUCAGGGAACAGCUCCAGGUGUCUGGUAGUGUUGCCAGCCUGUGUGUAGGGGCAGAGUGGGGAAGCCCCACUGAGUCUGGGAGCCUUGGGGGGGCUGGUGGUUCCUGCCCCAGCCUAGGAGGGCUGGGCUGGGCUGGCAUGCUGCUGUCAGCAGAGCAGUUGGCCUGCACAUGGACGCUGUUUCCCUGUUCUAGGGUCCAGGCAGGAUGGUCACAAUGAGAACCUCUGGGUUUGAGGUGGUCAUGGCUGUGUAUGUGUGUCCAUGUGCCAGUAUUGGGGGAAGUGUCAUCCCUAAUUUUAUAUAAAUAAAAUAGUUUAUGUAAUGGUAAUGUUUACCUCUCCUACCCCACAAAGGAGCAUAGGGAAAGGGGAAUAGCAGGGUGAUGGGGGUCUCUGUCGGUGGAGUGGUCAGGGAAGGUCCUGGGGUGGUAGAGAAGAGUUGAAUCUGUGAUCUAGCCAGGCCAAGGGGGGAAGAGAAGGCUUCUGGCUCAUGGCUGGGGUGAGCCCACAGGGGAGGCUCCCCACCCUGCCUGUUGGGUGGGGACAGGUGUGUAGGGUGGAGUGGUGUGGACUCACUGGUUGUUUAUUGUCCAUGUGAGUGCCACUCCUGGAUGUGAGUGAGCAUGAAGGGUUACAGGAUUUAGUAAGUACACAGGUUGUCUGGCUAGCUUUGAAUUUCAUAUAGUGAAUGAUUUUUUGUCCCCUGAACUGUUAGGUCAUACUUAGUUAUUUCUGUUCUAUCUGAUACCACAUUCUAACACAUAAAAGGCAACUCCCAAGUGAGGGCUUGCUCUGUUGUGGGGCAAGGAGGGUUUGAGUGCCUUUGGACCCCAGCCUGUGAAACAUCCAGUGGCAUCAGGUGGAGAAGGGCCAAGAACUUCAGGAGCAUGAGGUACACGAAGGCUUCUGGCUGAGCCCCAUCAGGGUUGCACCUGCCUAUUCAGGCAGCCGAGGAUUGGAGUUAGCCAAAGAAAUGGAGAAGGUGCUGUUGGGAGAGCAGGAGACCACUGGAAACCUGCUGUGAAAUGAGGCCUGAAGACCCUGUAGGGGCUGGCAAAGGCAAGGAGCUAGAGGGACAAGAGAGCAGAGCAGCAACUGGUGACCCCAGAUGGGACAUUAGCAGCCACUGUGUAUGGAACGUACACUGUACCCUUUGACAGAUACUGCCCAGGUGUGAGGCUGCCUUUACUCAGAAGUAAGGGAAGUGUGGUAAGGCAGAUGGGUGCCACAGUGUUCCAUUUACCCCUGAAAAGUGCUAUGAAUGCAUGGCCUGUGUCCUUGGGCAGGUGACCUUUUUGAGAUGACUCCCAGGUCAUCCUUUUCUCUCUGGUCCCUGGCAGUGCAGACCUGUAAGGCUCCUGGUGUGAAGGGACCCAGAAAAGAAGGGCUGGCUGUGGAGGCCCGUUUCUUGCAAAAUCACCUGCCACAUAAGACCAGUGGGGAGAGACCAGGAAAGUUAAAGCUGAUGAUGCUUCCUCUAAGUGGAAUAAAAUGGCCACAGUGUAAGCACCUCCAGUUGGAUCCCUACAGCAGUGGCCAGCACCAGCCCAGGGCGUAUCCCAUGCAAGGUAUGUACAUCGACUCAUUGCACCCCCACUGUGGGGCGGGUGGCACCACAGCUGCCUUUGUCAGAUGAGAAACAGGCACAGUGGGAGUACCCCGUCUGCCCCAACUUUGUAGAAGGAGAUGGAGGCAGUUGGGUUCUUAAGAAUCCAAAUUAGAACCCUUGAGUUAAGGACCUCACAGGACCCAGAGGUGACACAGCAGAGGCAGUGGGUGGAGUCAUCUCUUAGGAAGUUCUGCUGGGAAUCCUGGAAUGGUCAAGGAAUUUUGUUAAAGAGAGUGAAGCAGUCAGGUUGUGGGGGACAUGGAGCCUUGUGUCCCCCAUUCCUGUACCAUAUCCCAUGUCACAGGGAGUGGUAACAGUGCUUCUGAAACAUGUCCUCAAGUGAGCAGCUGGGCCUCAGUCUCCCCACCGCCCAGCAGUACACACCUGGUACCUAAUAGAUGCUCAGUGACCAUGCUUUUGUGCCCCCCACAUGCUCCCAGUCUGAUGUACACCAGGUUACCUGCAGUUAGGUGGGGGUUCUCCAGUGUCUCUCUGCUUAAGGGUCAUCACUUAUACAAUAAGAAGGUCCAGGUGUGUCAGCCUGAUACAGGCCAGUGAGUGCCAGCCACUCCAUGUCAACAGUAAACCUGUGCCAGGGACCUGGUUCCACUGUGUGCUGGACAAGGAGACUUUUUAUAAAGCCUCACCUCCAGGUUGGUCUCCUUUCAAGACAUGAUUGGAAAGGGUGGGCUCCUGGCAUGUCACACCCCACGCUGUCUGCAGGGGGUGGCAGCUGUGGCAGCAGUGAUGGCGGCAGCGGCAGCGUGUGUCUGGAUCUGUCCUGUAAGGUUCCUUCCGAGAAGUGCUGGGCACCUGGUGGGCAAGCACUGGGCAACCCACUAUUUGAGCCCAUCUGGCCCCACUUGCCUCUUGCAGUUCUGCCUGUCCUUAUUGUGCACAGGGUAAAAGUGAGCUGGGCCAGUUGUACAGGGCGGUGUCAUUUGGGACCAGGUGUUCUGUGCCUCUUGCCCCGAUCCUCUUCCUCAGACCACCUUUCUCAUCCUCCUUAGGGUCCUGUCCUUGCCCCUUUCUCAGCCUCCCUCCACAUUGGCCUCCUGGGCAAUCAUUCUCCACCUGGCCCCGUUACUGAACUGCUGGCCUCCACGCUGCUCCCUCCCAGAACUGUCAGAACCAGGGAUCAUUUCACUGGCUGGCAAAUGGAUGAGUGCAGUUUAUCAGAUACUUAACCUGGAUCCUUCUUAAUACAAAACACUGGUAUGGCUUGUUAAGGACACCAGAAAGUGUGUGGGUUGUCCAGGUAAGGGGUGAGGGACACAGAUGCAUGUAGGUAGCAGGUACGUGCAGGACAAUAUAGAUUGACUAGAGAGGGCUGUAGUGAAGGAGGGCUUUGGUAGGCUCAGAAAGAAUGGAGGGCUUUGAGCAGGGCGCUCACUAUUUUGAGGCUUUGACCCAGCCACUGGGUGCAGGCUGGACAGGUGCUGGCAGGAGGUCCCUUUCUCCCAAGUCUUCCUGACUCUAGGUCUCGCUCUUCUAAUGUCCUGAGCGUCUCCAGGUGAGGACUAUGACUCACCCAUCUCACCCAUCUGUUCUCAGGGUCUGACACAUGGCACUGAUCCUCAAUCAUCUGUCCACUAACUUGUUCAUUCUUAUGUUACUCGACGCAAGUUUCCCCUGCUUAGGGCUCAGAAAGAAUGGAGGGCUUUGAGCAGGGCGCUCACUAUUUUGAGGCUUUGACCCAGCCACUGGGUGCAGGCUGGACAGGUGCUGGCAGGAGGUCCCUUUCUCCCAAGUCUUCCUGACUCUAGGUCUCGCUCUUCUAAUGUCCUGAGCGUCUCCAGGUGAGGACUAUGACUCACCCAUCUCACCCAUCUGUUCUCAGGGUCUGACACAUGGCACUGAUCCUCAAUCAUCUGUCCACUAACUUGUUCAUUCUUAUGUUACUCGACGCAAGUUUCCCCUGCUUACCCUGUUAGACUUCUGCCUGUGAUUUGAGGUCUGGCAGGUCUGGCUCUUCAGCCAAGGGAGAGAGAAAGAGAGGGAGAGAAACCUCAAUGUGUGGUUGCCUUUCACACAUCCCCUACUGGGGACCUGUCCCACAACUCAGGCAUGUGCCCUGACUAGGAACUGAACCAGCAACCCUUUGGUUUGCCAGUGCUCAAUCCACUGAACCACACCAGCCAGAGCUCAUGUAAACUUUUGACCAAAGGCCUUUCUUCUGGUUCCCCAGCUCUCCAGCCAGGUCUGCAUUAAUCCCUCUACCCUCCCCAAGUUCCCUAAGGCUCUUUACCUUACCACAGCAUUGGCCCAAUGCUACCACGGUGUCAUCCCUGACUCCAUACUUGCUCAACCCUAAACAUGCUACAAGAGACAUAAUAAUGUGGCCAUAUGUCAUGUUUGGUCUAAACUGGGACACUUCAGUGUGCAAGGGGCAGAUGUAACUCAGGAGUGAAAAGCACUGACCACGCUCUCCAGAGAGGGCUAUCAUUGGUCUUCCUCCACCAUUAGGGGCUGUGUACCCAUGAGUGACGUACUCAGCGCCCUGGCCUUGGUGUUCCACUCUACAAAAAAGGGGCCGCACUGGGCAGAUGGUCUGUCAGGUUCUCUAAAGCACUAAAAUGACAUGGCUGGUGGAGAGUGUUUGCCUGUGAGUUUGGGGCAAUAUGAACUGGUGGAUGUGUUUGUAGAGUUGUCUUAGGAACAGAACAUGAGAACUCCAAGUCCAGGGUUGGUUGGAACCCAGCUAGAGGCAGUGGACACCUGCUUUGGGUGUGAGCUGAUGACUAUCCAUUGCAUCAAGGGUCCCGCAGUACCAGGGGUUGACUUCUCCUUCCCUUGGGAGGCAGGUGGUAGUCACAAGGCCUGGGAUAAAUCAGCUGAUUUGUCCAUCAACAUAAUUGGCGGGGAGGGAGUAGUCAACAUGAGUUUCUUCCUCAUUUAGGAUGGAGGAACAUCUGGAUCUAGGAAUAAAUGUAGAUCAGGGUGGUGGAGUUUGGCAAGAAAAGACAAACUUCUUCCUCAGCUGCUUCCUCAUCCCACAUGCCCUCCUUGACAUCCUGUCCCUUUUCCUCUUCGGGUCCUCUCCACUCCACACACAGUCGAAGAGCAUGUCAGCCACAUAGGGCCCUUGUCCAGAGGUGAGACAGGAAUUCUUACAGGGGACUGGGGGAAGAAUGGAGGGAUAAUGGAAGCUUCUGGCGUAGGGGGCUUCCUAGCAGGAGGCUCCUGGAGCUGUGCAGGCUCUCAGGGGCUGCCACUAUUCAGGGGAGGACAAAAGGCCCUCACUUUAUGUCACCUCUCCCUUUUCUUCUGACUUCAGUGUUGCUGUGGUUUCAGCCUCCCACUCUCCUUGGAGAGAGGCUAGGGACCCAGCUGCCCCUGCUCUUCUAUUUGGCUUUCAGCUGCCUGUCACCCAAACUCCACUUCCAUGUUGGACAGGAUUUCUGAAGCUUCUUAUCACAAACCUUUCCUUCUCCCUCAAACAGUUAUAUUUAGCAGAAGGGACUGUGGCAACUCAGUUGGAAGGGACUUGUCAAUGACAAGAAAAGGCACAGUGCUUUAGGGUGGUCUCCCUUGCGGGGAAGCUAUGUCUCUAUGGCACCAACAAAAACAAUUUCAAGGUUUAAAAAAUAAUUGCAACCAGGUAUUUAGCUUGCCUGCCACCUUGGAUAUGCUGUUUAUUUUUUUCUGAAUUUAAUUAGUUUAAAAACAUUAAACUAAAUCAAUAUAAUAUAUAUAUACACACACACAUACAUACAUACAUACAUACAUACCUUUAAAGACACAUCCAGAGAGAAUGUGAAAGGCAAAUCCAUCUGGAAGCAUAAAUGGAGAGGGAUGAGAGGAAACACUGCUAGAGAAACAGUAAGAACUGAAGAAAGUAGAAGUGGAGAAGAGAGGCGAAGCUAGUACGCUCAGUUGCCUGGAGGAGCCUCUGAGUCAAGCAGAAGCACACCUAGGUGACUAAGGCAGUGGUAGAAUGGUGUUCCUGUUACCAUACAGGGGUUUGGCCCAGAGUGGGGCUGCCUAGGGCCAGCAGUAAUGUGUGGGUUCUUGACUUUGUGUAGGAAAGACUUCACAAUAUGAGUCCAGGUGACUAUGAGGAUAUGUUUAUUAAAGUUGGGGACAAUAAAACAAGGAAGGGCUUAGCAUAGAGGAAGCAACAGUAGAGAUUUGACUGCCUUAGCCCACUGGGAAGUCAGAGGAAAGGGGGUCUUGGGGACAGAUUCAGGGGAUUGGCCUGGGCCAAGCUGCUCUGCCCAUUGCUCCCCUGAUUGCAAGUCUUGGGGUUCCUUAGAAUUUAGGAGAGGCAUGCCUGUGGGGAAGGAAGUGGGGGGAGAAGAAGGAAAAGGAAACUGUUUCCCAGAGGAGUGCAUGUAUACUGGGCCCUUUGUCUUGAGGCUCUUUAUCUCUCUCUUGUAGGCAGGAAUCUUAGGGGAGGGUCUAUGCAGAAUAUUCAUCAGUUCUGUAGGUGUGCCCUGUCUGGAAGAAUACUGGUCUCCACUUACGAGUCAGUGACAAGGCAGGGGCCAGUAGUUAUUGCAGUUGGUUCUGGCAUCACCCACCUGGUUUUGCUGCUUUUCUGCUUCUGGAGCUGAAAUACAGCUGAGGCCUAGAUUUAUUCCAGGGUGGUGAACCUUUGUACAUGAAUGUAUAUUGCUCGGCCAUUGUGUUCAGCCAUCUGUCUGUUUCCCUAUUCAACUUGCCAAGGAAUUUUCCUAGCUUGUUACUAUCCUGUCUCACUUAGAGGUAGGUGCCCAGACACUCACUAAGCCCAGGCCAGAUUUAUAGCCCUUCUUAUCUUGUCUCGAGGUGCCUAAGUAUGGGCUCUUCCUGGAUCUGCUUGCAGUCUGCACCCAUCUGCUAGCCUGCAGUUUAUGGCUCAAAUGUCAGAAAAAUCACUGAUAAACUUUGUCUCAAACAUGCUCCACCCUCCACUGGCUCCAACAGUGUUUGAUAUUUGAUAAUCAGAAACCAGAUGUUAUGAGUGAACUAAAGACAUCGGCAGGACCCAUGGGAGACACAAGGAACAGUUGAACUUCUUCCUGGAAGUAGUCAUCCUAUGGCCUGAGGUAGCAGAGGACCCAGGAAGCUGUGCCCAAGACCCUCUGGGCAGCUCUGCACCAUUAAUCCCAUGAGGAUUUGUCUGCCUGGAACCCAGGUGAAGCUAAAUAGGCCAGUUUAAUCAAAACAGUGCUGUUUUCUUGAGGACUUGUAGGUUCUGAGAAUUUUGUUUCUUUGUGGAAUAUGAUCUUUCAAUUAAAACAUGAACAUCUCCCAGUGAAAUGAGAACACAUGAAUGUCUGUCUCUCUCCUACCCUUCACCAUUCUUAUACUCUGGCCUAGAUGUAAAUAUCACUGCAACUUAUUUGAAAAGCAAAUUUCAGGUCCCACCCACCCCAGAGGUACUGGGUCAGGAACUCGCAGUGCAGCUGGGGGUGGCACCUAGUCUGUUCAUGGGCCGUUCAGAUGAUCCUGGUGGUCACUGCAGUUUGUGAACAGACAUAAUUGGGAAUAUGGCAAACACAUCGCUUCAUUGGAUGCCUAAGACUGAUCACUUCAUUUAUCUUUUCUAAAAUAUAUUGAAUCAAUAUAUUUUAGGCAUUCAAUAAAAUAUAUUGAAUCAAUAUAUUUUAGAUCAACCUAAAAUCAAUAAAAUAUAUUUAUUGAUUA